AAAAAGAAAUAGGAAGGUCAUUAAAUGAAUAUGUCAGAUUUCCUCCAUUCCCAUUUCUUCUUUCUUAGAAGGUCUAUUUGGGGACUGCUUCCUGUGACCAUAAGACCCUGAACGUUUGCCUUGAACAUGAGCGCUAGAAAAGAAGAAUCACAGGACCGAGCCAUUGUCAGAAUAGCAGCUCAUUUACCAGACCUCAUUGUCUAUGGAGAUUUCUCUCCAGAGCGACCAUCUGUGAAAUAUUUUGAUGGAGUCUUGAUGUUUGUUGAUAUUUCAGGUUUUACUGCAAUGACUGAGAAGUUCAGUACAGCCAUGUACAUGGACCGAGGGGCAGAGCAGUUGGUGGAGAUCCUCAACCACUACAUAAGUGCAAUAGUGGAGAAAGUGCUGAUUUUUGGAGGAGACAUCCUAAAAUUUGCAGGUGACGCACUACUAGCCCUGUGGAAGGUGGAGCGAAGGCAACUGAAAAAUAUUAUCACGGUGGUAAUUAAAUGUAGCCUGGAGAUCCACAGAUUGUUUGAGACCCAGGAAUCUGAAGAAGGCCUAGAUAUCCGGGUCAAGAUAGGACUGGCUGCAGGCCACAUCAGCAUGUUGGUCUUUGGAGAUGAAACACACAGCUACUUUCUAGUGAUUGGUCAGGCGGUGGAUGACGUGCGCUUUGCACAGAACAUGGCACAUAUGAACGAUGUCAUUCUGUCACCAAACUGCUGGCAGCUCUGUGACCGGAGCAUGAUUGAAAUCGAGAGGAUUCCAGACCAGAGAGCAGUUAAGGUUAACUUCUUAAAACCACCUGCUACUUUUAAUUUUGAUGAAUUUUUCACAAAGUGUAUGAGUUUCAUGGAUUAUUAUCCUUCUGGUCGCCACCACAAACUUCUGAGGCUUGCAUGCAUGCUGGAGUCUGAUCCUGAACUGGAAUCAUACCUACAAAAGUAUGUAAUGGAAAGCAUUUUGAAGCAGAUUGAUGACAAACAGCUUCGAGGUUAUUUGUCUGAGCUUCGCCCAGUAACAAUUGUAUUUGUGAACCUGAUGUUUAAGGACCAAGACAAAACAGAAGACAUAGGCCAGGCCAUCCAGGAUGCAUGUGUGCAUAUCACUUCUGUUCUGAAAAUCUUCCGGGGACAAAUCAAUAAAGUCUUCAUGUUUGACAAGGGCUGCUCCUUCCUCUGUGUGUUUGGUUUCCCCGGGGAAAAGGUACCUGAAGAGAUCACUCAUGCUUUGGAAAGUGCUGUGGAUAUAUUUGACUACUGCUCUCAGGUUCACAAAAUUGAGACUGUAUCCAUUGGAGUUGCCAGCGGGAUUGUCUUCUGUGGAAUUGUCGGACACUCUGUAAGACAUGAGUACACAGUCAUUGGUCAAAAAGUGAACAUAGCUGCCAGAAUGAUGAUGUACUACCCAGGAAUUGUGACCUGUGACUCCGUUACCUACAAUGGCAGCAACCUACCAGCCUACUUUUUUAAAGAGCUUCCAAAGAAGAAUAUGAAAGGUGUUGCAGAUCCUGGACCAGUCUAUCAGUGUUUGGGCCUUAAUGAGAAAGUCAUGUUUGGUAUGGCGUACCUCAUCUGCAACAGAAAUGAGGGUUACCCUUUGCUGGGACGUGAUAAGGAGAUCAAAUACUUCAUGUGCACUAUGAAGGAAUUUUUGAUGUAUAACUGUAGCCGAGUCCUAAUGUAUGAAGGAUUAGCAGGAUACGGAAAAAGCCAGAUACUUAUGGAACUACAGUACCUGGCCCAAGGUGAGAACCACAGGAUCAUUGCUAUAGCAUUGACUAAGAUCAGCUUCCAUCAAAAUUUUUAUACCAUCCAAAUACUCAUGGCCAAUGUACUAGGUCUGGAUACUUGUAAACAUUAUAAAGAACGACAAACCAAACUUCAAAGCAAAGUCAGUACCCUGUUGGGUGAAACGUUCUACUGUCUUCUCAAUGACAUUUUCCAUGUCCAGUUUCCCAUUUCACGAGAAGUUUCCAGGAUGACCAAUUUUAGGAAGCAAAAUCAAUUGGAAGCAUUGUUUAUGAAAAUCUUGGAGCAAACAGUGAAAGAGGAAAGGAUUAUUUUCAUCAUUGAUGAGGCCCAGUUUGUGGACUCAGCUUCCUGGGCCUUUAUGGAGAAGCUGAUCCGGACUGUUCCCAUCUUCAUCAUCAUGUCCCUGUCUCCCUUCUUUGACAUGCCCUGUGCUGCUGCCAAUGCCAUACUGAAGAACAGGAACACCACUUACGUCACCCUUGGUGCAGUACAACCUAAGGACAUCCGCAACAAGAUCUGCCUUGACCUCAGUGUGAGCAGCAUCCCCAAAGAACUGGACACGUACCUGGUGGAGGGGAGCUGUGGGAUUCCAUUUUACUGUGAAGAAUUGCUGAAAAACCUCGACCAUCACAAGGUACUUGUUUUCCAUCCAAUAGAGUCUGAGGAGAAGACAAAUUUGAACUGGAAUAACAUGUUCAAGAAUUUCACUAAGCCAUCAGAGGAAUUACAUUUAUUUACUUUCAAUAAAGAGGAGGAAAUUAAAGAAGUCUGUAAACUCGCUAGUGGUGUCAGGUUGAAGAACUUGUCACCCCCAGCAUCACUGAAAGAAAUCUCUCUGGUUCGACUGGACAGCAUGAGUCUUUCCCACCAAAUGUUGGUGAGAUGUGCUGCCAUUAUUGGCCAGACCUUCACUACUGAGUUGUUGUUUGAGAUUCUCCCUUGUUGGAACAUGAAGAUGAUGAUCAAGGCUCUGGCAACCCUAGUGGAAUCCAAUGUGUUUGAUUGUUUCCGGAAUGGCAAGGAGCUCCGGAUGGCCCUGAAACAUCACUCAACCUCGUUUGAGGUGCAUUACCGCUCCCUAUCUCUGAAGCCCAGUGAAGUGAUGGCUCAUGGUGAGGAGGAAGAGCUUCGGGAACUGGAAAGUGAGGUGAUUGAGUGCCACAUCAUUCGCUUCUGCAUGCCUAUGAUGCAGAAAACAGCCUAUGAGCUGUGGCUCAAGGACCAGAAGAUAGCCAUGCACUUGAAAUGUGCCCGCUUUUUAGAAGAAAAUGCUCACAAAUGUGACCACUGCAGAAGUGGGGACUUCAUUCCCUAUCACCACUUCACAGUGGACAUUCGACUCAACACUUUGGACCUGGAUACCAUUAAGAAGAUGGCUAAGACCUAUGGAAUUCAAACUGAAGAAGAGAUCAUCUUUUCCAAAGCAGAGAUUCCUAAGAAAUCUAAGAUAUAUCCUGAUGUUCUCAGUUCUGGAGAAAUGAAAGAAAAGAUCUUGGGUUUCUUUGACAUCAUUAUAACAAAAAUGAGAACAUCUGAGGAAGACAUUAUCCCUCUGGAAUCUUGCCAGUGUGAGGAGAUCCUAGAGAUUGUCAUCUUGCCUCUGGCCCACCAUUUUAUGGCUUUGGGAGAAAACAACAAAGCCUUGUAUUACUUCUUAGAAAUUGCAUCUGCUUAUCUCUUCUUGGGUGAUAACUACAUGGCAUAUGUGUAUUUGAAUGAGGGAGAAAGGUUGCUGAAAAUUCUCAAGAAAGAAAAAUCUUGGAAUCAGACUUUUGAGUCUGCCACAUUUUAUAGCCUCAAAGGGCAGGUUUGUUUCAACAUGGGCCAGAUGGAGCUUGCCAAGAAAAUGCUGAGGAAGGCACUGAAGCUCCUUAACCAAGUCUUUCCUUACAACUUAAUCUCCCUGUUUCUCAAGACCCAUGUUGAGAAAAACAGAAAGGUUCAUAGUGUGAAUCAGCAGGCGCAAGGGAGCUCACCUCCAGGGAAGAAGAGGUUGGCACAACUUUACCGACAAACUGUCUGCUUCUCCUUACUGUGGAGGAUCUAUAGCUUAAAUUAUUUUUUUCACUACAAGUAUUAUGGAGACUUGGCAGCUACAAUGCAAGUGAAUACUGCACUAGAAACUCAAGAUGAUUUCCAGAUCAUUAAGGCCUACCUGGACUAUUCGCUGUACCACCAGCUGGCUGGCUACGAGGGCAUGUGGUUCAAGUACGAAGUCAUGGCAAUGGAGCAGAUCUUCAACCUCCCCCUGAAAGGCCAGGGCAUCGAAAUCGUGGCAUACGUGGCUGAUACACUGGGCCAUAUCAAGUUGAUGAUGGGUCACUUGGACUUGGCCAUCGACUUAGGCUCUCGAGCACACAAGAUGUGGGCACUGCUCCGAAAUCCCAACAGACACUAUCUGGUCCUCUGCAGACUUAGUAAAUCUCUCUUCUUGAAAAGCAGUUACAAGCAAUUGAUCCAGGUGCUUGGGUGGCUGUGGGAUCUCUCUGUAGCAGAAGAUCACAUCUUCAGCAAGGCAUUCUUCUAUUUUGUCUGCCUGGACAUCAUGCUUUAUUUGGGCUUUUAUUAUAGGACAUUUGAAGAAUGUUUGGACUUCAUAUGCCAAAAUGAAGACAACAGAAUCCUCAAGUUCCAAAGUGGCAUCUUGCUGGGACUUUAUUCAUCUGUAGCUAUCUGGUAUGCUAGACUUCAGGAAUGGAAGAAAUUUCAAAUAUAUUUCAAUAGAGCUAAAAAUCUAGUGCCGAGAAGAACCCCAACAGCUCUUUACUGUGAAGGCAUCAGUAGGUACAUGGAGGGGCAAGUUCUCUACCUUCAAAAGCAAAUUGAAGAACAAUCUGAGAAUGCCCAGGACAGUGCAGUCGAGCUACUCAAGAACUUGGAGAGUCUGGUGGCUCAAAAUACCACUGGCCCUGUCUUCUAUCCAAGGCUCUACCACCUGAUGGCCUAUGUCUGUAUAUUAAUGGGAGAUGGGCAAAACUGUGACCUCUUCCUGAACACAGCCAUGGGGCUCUCUGAAACCCAGGGAAAUGUGCUGGAGAAAUGCUGGCUGACAAUAAGCAAAGAAUGGUGGUACUCAAGCUCCGAGUCAUCAGAAGACCAAUGGCUUCAAACGGUCUUCAAUCUCCCAUCAUGGGAAAAAAUCUUAUCAGGCAGUGUAAACAUGCUGGACCUCCGAAAAAACAAAUUCCUGAUGAGAGUUAACAUCCUGGACAAUCCUUUCUAACCUUUCAUGAAAACAAAGAUUUAGUGAAAUCCUCACCCUCUUGUGAUUAUCCAUUAUUAAUUUUCUCUGAGCCUACACCCUCCAGGUUCCAACAGACUUUCUUUUGUUCCAGAUGUAGAACCAAACAUAUAGGUCAAAAGUGUUGGCAGUAUCCUGCUUCCCUUUCUCCCAACUUUACACAAAUUAUCUUUGCCCAAACUGCCUUUCAGCUUGGCCUGCUUAUUUCAGCUCAUGCAAAAUUGUAUCAUAUGGAAAAAUGUUAAUGUCAAGAUGGUCCAUGUU